CCAUAGGAAAAUUUGAAGUUUGUGCGACCAUCUCGGUGGCGAUAGAACCCUAUUCAGAACUCAGAAGACAAGAGUAGUUGGUGCAAAACAGAAGAUCAGAUGAUGCAUGGUUCUUGCUAUCUAGCAUUUAUUCAACGAUCGAUCGCUUGUUGUCUACGGCAUAUGCAGUUGCAGGGCCAUAACGGAUGCAUAUGCGUGCGCAACGUUGCUUCCUCUGUAUAAAAAGCUAGUAGUAUGAGCAUGGCCGCAGCAACAGGGAGUUUGCCCCACAGCCAUUCCAAGCACAUAUUCCCGGCUCGGCAGCUCACCAACUACCUUGUACUGCAAUUCAUCUUAUCACAGUUAUCACGGCACAUACAUACAGAUAUAUAGAUAGAUCCAUCUAAUUAGUACCUGGCUAGAUGCUCGUUUAGCUGCAGGCGUCAUGAUUGGGGUGAGCAUUGUCAGUUAUUAUAAGUCUCUGAUCAUGGUGCUACUGGCGCUCCUCCUCUGCGUCAGCCUGGCUGCGGCCUCGCCGGCGACGGCCGCGGCCGGCCGGGCAGAGGAGGUGCACCUGGUGCCCGCGGUGUACGUGUUCGGCGACUCGACCGUGGACGUGGGCAACAACCAGUACCUGCCGGGGAACUCCGCGCUGCAGCUCCCCUACGGCAUCGACUUCCCGCACUCUCGGCCCACUGGACGCUUCAGCAACGGCUACAACGUCGCCGACUUCGUCGCGAAGCUGUUGGGUUUCAAGAGGAGCCCGCCGGCUUACCUGUCCCUGACGCCAAGAACGAGCCGUCAGAUCUUGAGAGGCCUCCGCGGCGUCAACUAUGCGUCCGGAGGGUCCGGCAUCCUCGAUACCACGGGGAACACCAUCACGUUGACGAAGCAAAUCGAGUACUUCGCGGCCACCAAGUCCAAGAUGGUGGCGAACAGCGGCAGCGGCUCGUCGUCGUCGUCGUCCGUGGACGAGCUGCUGUCCAAGUCCCUCUUCCUCAUCAGCGACGGCGGCAACGACAUGUUCGCGUUCCUGCAGCGGAACGGGACGGCGAGCGAGGUGCCGUCCCUGUACGCGGACCUGCUGUCCAACUACACGCGGCACGUGCGGGCGCUCCACGGCCUCGGCGCGCGGCGGUUCGGGAUCGUGGACGUGCCGCCGCUCGGGUGCGUGCCGUCGGUGCGGGCCACCUCCCCGGACGGCGGCGCGUCCAGGUGCGUCGACGCCGCCAACGCGCUGGCGAAGGGCUUCAACGACGCGCUCAGGGCGGCGCUGGCCAACCUCACGGCCUCGGGCGCGCUGCCGGGGGCGCGCUACUCCGUGGGGAGCUCCUACAGCGUGGUGUCCCACUUCACGGCGCACCCGGCCGCGGCAGGGUUCAGGGAGGUGGCCAGCGCGUGCUGCGGCGGCGGGCGGCUCAACGCGCAGACCGGGUGCACGCCCAACGCCACCUACUGCUCCGACCGCGGCGAGUACCUGUUCUGGGACGGGGUGCACGGCACGCAGGCCACGUCCAAGAAGGGCGCCGUGGCUAUCUUCUCCGCGCCGCCGCAGAUGGGCUUCGCCGCGCCCAUCAACUUCAAGCAGCUGGUGUCUUCUUGAUGCUCGGAAUCCUGAACUUUCUCAACUGAUGACGCAAAUCAUUGCAGCCUAGCACGACCAAAAGAGCUUUUGAUUCUUUAUUACACACGAAUCAAUAGAGAUACAAACUAGUAAUAAACCAGGAAAUGUAGAGCCGUAGAGGGAGAGGGAGCAGCAUAUACAGAAUUGAUGAGUCCAGCACUCCAGCGAGGCAAAUUUCUCGCCAUGUACGAUCGUGAAUAAACUUAUAAACUAGCAGGUUGCAAUAUUUGGGCGCCGUGCCUGUGCUGA